AUGAAGUCACUCGAGGCUAUGGUUCCUAUUCCUGAUAAGAGAGAUAAGCACACAAACAGACCUAAUAAACAUUCAGAGGAACAUAUUCAAUCAGUCAAAACUCAUAUUGAAUCCAUUCCCAAAUACCAAAAAAGCCCGGCAGAAAAUGAAGAAGAAGAAGAGGAAACGGAAGAAGGAAUGAUGGUCUCCAACAAAAAGAGGGGAUCACAGACAUGCAUCGAAAUCCCACGGACCGAUACCACUUCGAUGUGUCUUCUAGAAAAACCACCAAUCGACAAGAAAGUCAAAGUGAGUAACUUUUACAUAAUCGAUUAA